UGGCCUCCUCCUGGCCCUCUCCCGGCCCCCCUAAAAAUUCGCAUGCAACCCGUCUCGCGAAGACGCUCUCACGGCUCAUCGACGAUACCCCCCCUUUCUUUACUCUCAUCACCGCUUCACCCACUCACCUCUAUUUGCCAUUGGCAGGUUGCGAGGCACGCGCUCUCCGAGGUAACCAAGGAAGAGGAAAAUCAGCUCUACUGAUCGAUACCCGUUGCCCCCUCCUUACGACCGAGCCUCCUACUACGUCGUGAACCCCGUUCGUGUAAUCAUGUCUCACCUUGCGGCGGAGCCCGAGUUCGAGCAGGCUUACAAAGAGCUCGUAGCCACGCUCGAGGACAGCACGCUGUUCGAGGAGUACCCCGAGUACCGAACCGCGCUCAGCGUCGUCUCCAUCCCCGAGCGCGUCAUCCAGUUCCGAGUCGUCUGGGAGGACGACAAGGGCAACCUCCAGGUGAACCGCGGAUACCGCGUGCAGUUCAACUCAGCUCUUGGCCCGUACAAGGGUGGUUUGCGAUUCCACCCCACCGUGAAUCUGUCGAUCCUAAAAUUCCUUGGCUUCGAGCAGAUCUUUAAGAAUGCCCUAACAGGACUGAGCAUGGGCGGCGGCAAGGGAGGCGCCGACUUUGACCCCAAGGGCAAGAGUGACAACGAGAUCCGACGAUUCUGCGAAGCCUUCAUGCGGAGGCUGUGCCAGCACAUCGGCGCCGAGACCGACGUGCCUGCCGGCGACAUCGGCGUCGGCGGCCGCGAGGUCGGCUACAUGUUCGGCACCUACCGCAAGGAGAGGAACAAGUGGGAGGGCGUGCUCACCGGCAAGGGCCUCAGCUGGGGUGGCAGCCUGAUCCGACCUGAGGCCACCGGCUACGGCCUCGUCUACUACGUGGAGCACAUGAUCGCGUACGCGGGCAAGGGCAGCUUCCAGGGAAAGCGGGUGGCGAUCUCGGGGUCGGGCAACGUGGCGCAGUACACGGCGCUCAAGUGCAUCGAGCUCGGUGCGACCGUGGUGUCGCUGUCGGACUCGACGGGGUCGCUCAUCGCCGGCGGCGACAAGGGCUUCGCGCCGGCGGACGUGAACGCGAUCGCGGCGGUGAAGCUGGACCGGCAGCCCAUCACCCAGUAUAGCGGCGCGGCCGCGUUCCGGUUCGUUCCGGGGGCCCGGCCCUGGCGCCACGUCGGCCGCGUCGACAUCGCCCUGCCGUGCGCGACGCAGAACGAGGUGGACGAGGAGGACGCGCACACACUCGUGCGCAACGGCACCCUGUUCGUCGCCGAGGGCUCCAACAUGGGCUGCACCCAGGCCGCCAUCGACGUGUUCGAGGACGCGCGCCGCGGGGCCAAGGCUGGCAAGGCUAACGGCGUGCCCAAGGCUAACGGUCACGCCAACGGUCACGCCACUAACGGAGACGCCGCCAACGGCAGCAGCAUCGCGGCCGAGCCAGUGUGGUACGCGCCGGGCAAGGCGUCGAACGCGGGUGGUGUCGCAGUGUCGGGGCUGGAGAUGGCGCAGAACAGCAGCCGGUUCAGCUGGACGGAGGAGCGGGUGGACGAGCGGCUGAAGCAGAUCAUGAAGAACAUCUUCGACCAGAGCAUCGGCAACGCGAAGCGGUACGUCAAGGCGGAGGUGGAGCAGGCGGCGCCGCUGCCGAGCCUGGUUGCCGGCGGCAACAUCGCCGGCUUCCUCAAGGUCGUGCAGGCCAUGCACGACCAGGGCGACUGGUGGUGAGCGAGGCCGUCGCGAGAGAGAGAGAGAGGCGGGAGUUUGGGAUGGGG